AUGGCGGCUCUGUUUCUUCCUCAAUUCAGAAGACUUUCUAACCCGGCGUUUGUGCUUACAUUUACCAGACGCUAUCAUAACUCGGAGAAAAUCGGCUCGGAAUUUUCGGCAUCUGCAAGUUUUUCGGGAAAUGCAGAACGUACAAAGUUUUCAGAAGAUAUCUAUUUCGAUGACUACAAAAAAGCCUUCCGGUCAAUGUCGAAAUGGGAGUUAGCUCGUUCCAUCGUUAUUCUCAAACUUUGUGCCAACAACAAAAUGGUCGACAAUAGCCUCACGGUGAUGAACACUAUCCGGAAAGUACUUGGUGGUCGACUGUUCGACAGGGUAGCGAAGGGGACAGUCUAUGGUCAGUUUGUGGGCGGAGACAGUCCGGAAUCUCUCCAAAAGACAGUAGCACGAUUACGUGAUACCGGGAUAGGCCCUCUGGUGGCGGUAUCUAUGGAAGAAGAUACCACGGAUGACGUCAUAGAAGCUGACAGAAAGUACGAUCGGAAUUUAAAUGAUAUACUUGACUGCUUGCGCGUCGUUUCCGGUCUCAACGACCCCCAUCCUAUGAUGCAGGUGAAAAUGACAGCUCUACUCCCAGCUAAACUUUGUGAAACGAUAUCUACGCAUGUUCCACAUCCAUCUCAAACAGGUCACGUGGUUGAGAAUGUAGCCAAUGGGAUCUUGAACGGAGAUGAGAUAUCCAUGGAUUUUCUGUCAGAAAUUGAGAAAGCUGAAUUAUCCAGGGGCUUGUCACGACUUCAAAAACUCUGCAAGGCUGCUAUUGAUAAAGGUGUCAUUGUGAUGGUGGACGCAGAAUACACUUACUUGAAUCCUGCUCUUAAUCUUUUAUCCUUGGCCAUGAUGUUAGUCUGUAACGGACGAAGGACGCUUGUAUAUUACACUUAUCAAAACUAUCUCAAGGGAAUGGAUGAUUACAUGAAAACAGACCUGUCCUAUAUACACAGUCACGGGGUCGGUUUCGGAACAAAACUUGUACGUGGUGCGUAUAUCGACAAGGAGAGACGUCUAGCCCGGGAGGUAGGGUAUUCCGACCCCACAAACCCCUCACAUCAGGCUACGUCAGACACAUACCAUCGAUCCAUGAACGUCAUGCUUGACAACAUCGCCAGGGAUCCGAGAAAAUCAUCCGCCAUUAUCGCUACCCAUAACGAGGCUACUGUGUCGAAAGCCGUGAGAAGGAUUAUGGACUUGGGGAUCAACCCGCUGUGUGGAUCGCUUUUCUUUGGUCAACUGUAUGGGAUGUGUGAGCACGUAACCUUCACGCUAAGUGAGUUAAAGAUGCCAGUUUACAAGUCCAUACCGUAUGGAUCUGUUGAGGACACACUCGCCUACCUGUCAAGAAGAGCUAUGGAGAAUCGAUCGGUAUUGGAGAGGGUACAAAGGGAGAAAACUCUGAUGUGGAAAGCUCUGAAGGAACGCUGA